GAAGGGGAGGAGUUGAGCGGGCAGAAUGCUGCCGGAGGAAGAAGGGAGGCGCUUCUCCAUCAACGACAACGCGGACCUGCUGGGGGAGAUACUUGGGCGGUUGGACGGCCGGUCGCUGGCGACGGCCGCGUGCGUCUGCCGGCUCUGGAGCGCCGUCGGCCGCCGCGAGGGCGUGUGGGAGUCCGUCUGCCACCGCCACGCACGGCCCUGCGGCGACGAGUGCGGCUCCACGACCCGGGCUGUGGUCGCCGCACUCGGCGGGUACCGCCGGUUAUACCGCCUCUGCAUCGGCCCGGCCCUGGACCGGCUUGCUGACGGCGGCCGAGUGCCCCUGUCGCUCUCGCUCUCGCUCUUCUCCAUCGACUGCUACGAGAGGCUGGGCGUCGGCGCCGCCGCCGGCGGGAGGCAGCAGCAGACGCCCGCGUCGCUGCUGUUCCUGUGCAAACCCGUCGACGUGUCUUGAUCUCUCGCCGCCGGAUUCCGGACGCAGAGAAUCGCCGGCGUACCUGCUUCUUAUUCAUUCGCUCGAUCAAAAACAAGAAAAAAAAAAGUUCAAAAAUUGCACCACUGUUUCUAAACCAAUUCACGUUGAUAUUUAACAUAUCCAUCUGAUUCUUGAGCAGGCGAUUCGAUUGUCAUCUUCAGUUCAGAUUUUUUCUACUGUUCUCUCUGUGACAGCAGAAAUUCUUGAUAAAUUGGUGGAGAUGGAAACUGAAACGGCUGCAUAUUUAAGACUUUUCACAAUGUUUUCAGUUCAUACAAAAAAGAAUAAGGGGAAAAAAAACCUGUGCAUUCAAAGUGGGAUGAACAAAAGAUGUCCCCCAGUCCUUCACCUUUUUUCCUUUGUUUUUUCAUGCAAG